AUGAAUACUGCGACGCUGCCCGAUCAAUUGCUCCGGCGCCUUGAGAAGACAGCGUGUCUUCCUCAACAUCGCCGGUUCGCGGCCGUACACGAGACGCCUUUGCCCCAUCAGUAUGGAUUCAGGUUUGCAUUCUCCCCGUUUCCGUCUUUAAACUUCGCAGCCAUCCUCAAUCCUCGCCCGUUCUCUCUGAAGCCUCUGAAGCUAAUCAUCAGACUUACAGACUUACACGCAUUGCUCCGAGCCGCGACCAAUGCAAAUGACAACACCAUGCUCGCCAUUUGGGUUCAGUUCUGCCGCACCAUGACCUACCUCAGCCCCUCAAGUGAUCCCUUCCGCAGCAAUGACAAGUACGACGAGGUUCUAGGAAGCGGCCUCGCCACCGCUGGCUGA